AGCCACAUGCCAGCUGCUGUGCCUGGUCACUUUCUGCAGAACAUGAUAGCCACGCAAUUUGUGUGGGAGCGAAUUCGGCUCCUCUCGAAAUACAAAACAAGAAGAACCGAAUGUGUUGUGCGAAUCAGGACAUUUUAAAUGCAAGAAGGGCAAGAUAUGUAGCAACUCGAGUAGUCGUGCAUUGGUGUUGCACGGUAGACAAAAUAAGUGGAUCGGCGGACAGACAGCAGGCUGAUUGUCCCGUUUGCGCUCUUGAUUUGUGUGGACUAUUUUACUUAUGCCAGAGGACGAGUUGGAACUAAAUACGGAAUUUCAUUCUGAUUGAUCAGCACCUGAUCUCUUUUGCCUAUUCUGAUGUGGGUGCUGUGUUAUUGAAAUGGACUUGGACCCCUUGGCGUGAUUUCAGGUAUUAUUGGAGUUUGUAGGGUAUAUUAUCUAGAUUUCGAUCUAGUUUACUAUUUGAGGCAAGGCCAUUGAACUGAUCCGAUGAAGUUAUUCCGGUCGGCUUUUCGAUUAAACGAAUCGUUCGGCGCAUUUCAAACCUCACUUUUGACAUGACGUUGGCCAUUCUUUUGAAUGAUGUGUUCAAAUUGAGUGUGGGUCAAUAUUCCAUACAAUUAUUUUAGUUUUUUUAGCGGAUUGACUCUAAACAACUAGUGGACCCGAAUCCUCAAGUGUCGUGUCUAUGAACGGAUUUAUUCCCUUUAUUUUGAAUGUAUUGUAGUUUUUACCCUUUUGCACAGUCUACUGGUGGCAAACUGAAAACCACACGUCUGCUGCUCCUAUUUUCGUGUGCCCAACUCGUUGCGCGCAGCAGACGUUCUUUCGCUCUCCUCGGACAACAAUCGUCCCGCUUUCUCUCUACGUACGAUGUAUGAGAGUGUGGACGUCGUGGGACUGAAUCCCAGCCCGAACCCGUUUUUAAUGAUGGAUUACUACAACCAGAGCAGAGGAUGUUUGAUCCCAGAGAAAGGACUUGUGCCCGGAGCGCCUCAUCACUACAGCACGUCCAUCAGAAAUCAACACUGGAACGGCUCGAAUCACUCGAUAGAGACACAGAGUACCAGCUCAGAGGAGAUAGUGCCAAGCCCGCCAUCGCCGCCUCCUCCCCCGAGGGUCUACAAGCCCUGCUUCGUGUGCCAGGACAAAUCCUCAGGAUACCACUAUGGAGUCAGUGCCUGCGAAGGUUGCAAGGGCUUCUUUCGGAGGAGCAUCCAGAAGAGCAUGGUGUACACAUGUCACCGGGAGAAGAACUGCAUCAUCAACAAGGUCACCAGGAACCGCUGCCAGUACUGCCGCCUGCAGAAAUGCUUGGAAGUGGGCAUGUCCAAGGAGUCUCCUCGCACCAGCUCCAAAGGCGGGAUGGUGUUGGGCCCCCAGCCGCCGCCCCCACCAUUGGAGACCGGGAGGGGACAGACUGGGGGGCCAGGGGCGGACAGGGCAGCUCCCCCGGCGGUGAGGAACGACCGGAACAAGAAGAAGAAGGAUGAGAAGAAGCAGGAGAGCACAGAGAGCUACGUGCUGAGCACUGAGACGGAGCAGAUGAUCAACAGGGUCAGCAAGGCGCAUAAGGAGACCUUCCCUUCGCUCUGCCAACUGGGCAAAUACACUACGAGUAACAGCUCGGAGAGGCGUGUGGCUCUGGACGUGGACCUGUGGGACAAGUUCAGUGAGCUGUCCACCAAGUGUAUCAUCAAGACGGUGGAGUUCGCCAAGCAGCUUCCUGGCUUCACCACGCUCACCAUCGCUGACCAGAUCACCCUGCUCAAGGCCGCCUGUCUGGACAUACUGAUUCUGCGGAUCUGCACGCGCUACACGCCGGAGCAGGACACCAUGACGUUCUCUGAUGGCUUGACGCUAAACCGCACCCAGAUGCACAAUGCCGGCUUCGGACCGCUCACCGACCUGGUGUUCGCCUUCGCCAACCAGCUCCUCCCCCUGGAGAUGGACGACGCCGAGACGGGGCUGCUCAGCGCCAUCUGUCUGCUGUGUGGAGAUCGGCAGGACCUGGAGCAGGCAGACAAGGUGGACGUACUACAGGAGCCCCUACUGGAGGCUCUGAAGAUCUACGUGAGGAAGAGGAGGCCUCACAAACCACACAUGUUCCCAAAGAUGUUGAUGAAAAUCACCGACCUGAGGAGCAUUAGCGCCAAAGGAGCUGAGCGUGUCAUUACCCUGAAGAUGGAGAUCCCGGGCUCCAUGCCCCCUCUCAUCCAGGAGAUGCUGGAGAACUCUGAGGGUCUGGAGAGCGGGGCCACAGGCACCCGGACCAGCGGGGCCCCCCCAGGCAGCUGCAGCCCCAGCCUGUCCCCCAGCUCCGCCCAAAGCAGCCCCAGCCCCACCACACAGUCGCCGUAGCAGGCCCUCCUUUUUCCUCAUUCUCUUCAAUCUCCCUGUGGUUUGGGGGGGUCCUCGCUGGACACAGAGACCGGCGUACUCUUCAAGUGUUCCUCCCCCCGCGUGACACACCCUCUCCCGCAACUCCCCCUGAAAGACACUGUCUGGAAAAUGGCGUAAAGGUGGCGGAAGGAUUUCUCUGAAUGACCAUACUGUGGAACACUGCUGACAUCUCCUCCGUCCGUUGCCUCCUCCACAAUCACCUCUCCCCACCUCUACCUGAAAGACUGAGGGGAGGAACAGGAAGGAGCAGUCAGAGUUGUAAACACUGGUCCACUCAGAGAGGCUGGCCGGAAAUGGGGACAGACAAACGGACAGGACAAGCAGAGAGACUAACACCAGACACUUUUUGCGUUUCUCAGAGGAGGACUGCAGGCAUGGACUUGUCAAAGAAGACCACACAAAAAGACUGGGUCUUUCUACUUUUCCAACUUGGAAAAACAGAUUUCGUACAAAAGAUAUAUAAAUAUAUAUAGAAAAGUAAGGAACUAUUGUGAUUGACUUGUACAUGAUGGAAUAACAGGUUUGAGAAGGUUCAUUUUUGUUGAUUAAAUGCUCUUAUAUUCCUCCACUGUUUUAAUUGUAUCAAAAGUAUCAAAAGAGAAAUGUUCCAUUGUUUUAUCACAUACCAAUGUUCUAAUUAACAAAAGUCAAGAAGUUGAAAUUGAUUUUUCAAUUUACAGACACACACAGACAGACACAGACAGACACAGACAGACACAGACAGACACAGACAGACACAGACAGACACAGACAGACACAGACAGACACAGACAGACACAGACAGACACAGACAGACAGACAG